AUGAAAUUUCAGGAACUGAUAUGUCCAGGUUCCAUUGGAGGAGGUGUUGUUGUGGAAGAUCAGCCAGAUGUGAGUGCAGUAUUGUCUGCCUACAAUCAACAGGGGGACCCGACUCUGUACGAGGAAUACUACAGUGGAUUAAAACACUUCAUUGAGUGUUCCCUGGACUGUCAUCGAGCAGAAUUGUCUCAGCUGUUUUAUCCUCUCUUUGUGCACAUGUAUUUGGAGUUGGUCUACAAUCAACAUGAGAGUGAAGCAAAGUCGUUUUUUGAAAGAUUUCAUGGGGAUCAAGAGUGCUAUUACCAAGAUGACCUGCGUGUGUUAUCUAGCUUAACCAAAAAAGAACAUAUGAAAGGUAACGAGACCAUGCUGGAUUUCCGAACAAGCAAGUUUGUGCUGCGUAUUUCCCGUGACUCUUACCAACUCUUGAAGAGGCAUCUUCAGGAAAAGCAGAACAAUCAGAUCUGGAACAUCGUUCAGGAACAUCUUUACAUUGAUAUCUUUGAUGGAAUGCCUCGCAGUAAACAACAGAUAGAUGCCAUGGUUGGAAGCUUGGCUGGGGAGGCAAAACGGGAGGCUAAUAAAGCAAAGGUUUUCUUUGGCUUAUUGAAAGAACCAGAGUUUGAUGUGCCUUUGGAUGAUGAAGAUGAAGAAGGAGAAAAUGAGGAAGGAAAGCCAAAGAAGAAAAAACCUAAAAAAGAUAGCGUAGGGUCAAAAAGUAAAAAACAAGACCCUAAUGCUCCUCCCCAAAACAGAAUUCCUUUGCCUGAGCUGAAAGACUCUGACAAGCUGGAUAAAGUCAUGAAUAUGAAGGAAGCUGCAAGGCGUGUGCGUCUUGGCCCAGAGUGCCUGCCCUCCAUCUGUUUCUACACAUUCCUUAAUGCUUACCAGGGUCUGACUGCAGUGGAUAUUACAGAUGACUCUAGCAUGAUUGUAGGAGGCUUUGCUGACUCUACUGUCAGAGUGUGGUCCGUGACUCCGAAAAAGCUACGUAGUGUGAAAACAGCAGCAGACCUCAGUCUCAUCGACAAAGAAUCAGAUGAUGUCUUGGAGAGGAUCAUGGAUGAGAAAACAGCAAGUGAGUUGAAGAUUCUGUAUGGUCACAGUGGACCUGUCUAUGGCACCAGCUUCAGUCCUGAUAGGAACUACCUGUUGUCCUGUUCUGAGGAUGGCACUGUCCGAUUGUGGAGUCUCCAAACAUUCACGUGUUUGGUGGGAUAUAAAGGACACAACUAUCCAGUAUGGGAUACACAAUUCUCUCCUUAUGGUUAUUACUUUGUGUCAGGGGGACACGACAGAGUGGCUCGUCUGUGGGCAACAGAUCACUACCAGCCUUUGCGGAUAUUUGCUGGCCAUCUUGCUGAUGUGACGUGUACCCGAUUUCAUCCAAACUCCAACUAUAUUGCCACGGGCUCAGCAGACAGGACUAUACGGCUCUGGGAUGUUUUGAAUGGCAAUUGUGUAAGAAUAUUCACUGGGCAUAAGGGACCAAUUCAUUCAUUGGCAUUUUCUCCUAAUGGACGAUUCCUGGCUACUGGAGCAACAGAUGGAAGAGUUCUGCUGUGGGAUAUUGGACAUGGCUUGAUGGUUGGAGAAUUGAAAGGGCACACUGACACUGUCUACGCACUCAGAUUCAGUAGAGAUGGGGAAAUUUUAGCAUCAGGCUCAAUGGAUAACACAGUUCGUCUGUGGGAUGCUGUGAAGGCAUUUGAAGAUUUAGAAACCGAUGACUUUACUACAGCCACUGGACAUAUAAACUUGCCUGAAAACUCCCAGGACUUGUUACUAGGUACAUACAUGACCAAAUCAACCCCGGUUGUACACCUCCAUUUCACACGCAGAAACUUGCUGCUGGCUGCAGGAGCCUACAGUUCACAGUAAAUUGGGAAGCUGUAAGACUGACUGUGCCAAGUCGUUGCAGUGGUGACCUCAGGAUGAGAGACAAGGAGGAAUGUCUUGUACAGGUGGACACCGCUACUCUGUUGCAGGAAAAACAAAACUCUGUAAACUAAUGCAAGCAGCGUUUCUCAGUUCUGCUAUUUCCUAUUUAUCCACCGUUUGAAAAUGCUGGGGAUUGACAAGACAUCGUGGCUGUAAAAGAAUUGUUCAUGGUGCUUUUGAUAAAAAUAUAGAUAUGUGUAUAUGAAAAUGGCUGUCUCGGAGGUGGUAUUGAGCUCUGCUGAAACUUGUGGAAAGUUAACAGCCUUGGUAUGUGUUCUCAAAUGAUUUUUUUAAAGCACUUAAUUUAUGGUUAGCAGAUGUUUAAUUGAUCUCAAACACAAGCAAAAACCGUUCAGUUUCAGAAAAAAGAAUGUAGUUUAGUUCACUAUAGCCCGGGCUGGGUGACAGGUAUGGUGAGAGUAUCACAGCAACGAGCAGGACAUGGCAGGAGUAGGUCCUACAGGCAGAGGCUCGUGGGGAACUGCCAUGAAGUGACGUGAAGUGGGUUUUACGCAUCCAAGUACCAACAUCUGAAAAGAUUCCAAACUCCUGUGCUCUUCUGAGGUAUCAGAAACACAAAUCUUGUUCAUCUAUUUUCACAGGUAGCCAAUGCUAGAAGUGUGAUAAGCAAGCAGAAGUGCAAUGUGCACUUUAUUUACUUUCAUACUUUAUUGUAUGAAAAAAAAAAGGGGAGGGGACUGAGGCACAACUGAAAUACCCAUUAUUAAAAAAGUUGUAUUAGAUUGAAAAACCUGCAUCCUUUCUGCAUAAUGUUUAAUGUAUCAAAAUGUAAAACUAGCCAAGAAAUUGCAAUAUUAUUGCAGUUAAAAGGAUUGAUCAGCCCUCAGUGUAUUAUCAGUUUGCUUUUCAAAGGCCAGCUUGUCUGCUGAAGUAACACACUGUACCCCAGUACGUCCUUCUGGACAACCAAUAAAGCCCAGUGCUUUAUUUCUAAGGAAGAGAAAAAACAGGCAAAACAUGGGGAAGUUGAACUUCUUUCUGGGUCUUUGAACAGAAAACACCACCACCAAGGGACAGGCCCAGUGCAGUAUGGUUUUGUUUUGUUGUUUUUUGUGCAUUUUUAGGUGGUUUUUUUUUUUUUAAAUCUGUUACAAACUGCAUACAGUGUGUUUGUUGCUUCCAGUAAGGGCUUGGACACUUGAUCUGCUGGCUCUCUAGUGGAAAAAAACCCAAACAAAUAAAACCCCAAAAAAACCCAAACAAGACUUGACAUUUCUAAAGUGAAAUAACUGGAGAGCUACUUCCCUUCUCAUCCCUUCUCUUACUCCUGGAGUAAAGCUAUAUUACAGGCAUUAUACAUCAAAAUAAAAGGUGAAAAAUUCAUUAGGAAGCUCACCUGGAAAUUUUCUUUAAAGAUAAAAGGUUAAAGCUAAAUUAUUACAGCCUUUUUUUGUGUGUGUAAUGGUACCUCAACAACAUUUCCUUGCUCUCAGUAUGGCCAGUUGGAUUUAAGUACAAUUGUGGUGAAUCAAAUAAGUUACCUAAAACACAGCAUGUACAGUUUUGACAGCUUAAAGAAAACACUGCCAUAUUCUGCCUUUGUAUUUUGUACAGUUUUAUACUUUUGAUAUUGUAAUAAAUACUAAAACCACAUAGUUUGUGCCUAUAUGUUACAAGAAGGUAUUUUUAUUCCCUUGAUGGCUGCAAUGGAAGCAAGAGCAGCACUUGUCACUGUGAGCACUCUGCCGAAACAGUCAAUUCAAAAACGGUAAGUUGAUGACGAGGCAUCGUGUGUAAAUCUCAUUCCAAGGGUGGGUGAGAGGUCCUAGCUAAUUAGAUGUAUUACACUGUUAUAACAGCCAUUACUAAUUUGGGAAGUUUACACAGCAGAGGCCAUUUAUGCAAACAAACUCCUAGGAGAGGAAGACUACUAGAUUUAUUCAGGUGGCCCAGCACGUAGAAAUGGCUUUAAGAUACAUGAACUGGAGCGCGAGAGCACAAAGACCCUGUAAUUUAUCCCUCCUGUUUUUUCCAGCAACCAUGCCCACCCCCUGCUGCCCUCAGUUUGGGAAGUGUAUUUGCACGCUUUAGCACGAGAAGUCCCACGUUCAACCCCUGCUGCUGGCACCCUUCCAAGAAGCACAAUGCCAUAUAAUCCCAUUCACGCAUCAGCACUAACGCGACCUGUAAGGAAGAUGCUGAGUUUUACCUGAGACACAGAAAGACACCAUGGAGAAUGCGACUGACAAGUUUUAGUGCUGGGCAGGUAAGAGGCUGAACAUCUCUAACUGCAGUAGGAACACCUCAUUUAUUAAGAGGCAAUGUCCAGGAAAAAUAAACGCUGUUUAUGCACAUGCAGAAUUAUAAGAGCUUAAUACCAGCAAAGCAAGCCAUUUUCUUUCUGGCAGUCACCUCUGCAAGAGAGGCCAGUAACAGAAAAAGCUCAAACACCAGGAUUUGAUCGUCUACUUUAGGACGUUUUCCAUCAAAACCAAACAGGUUCUAUGCAAAAUACAGACAACUGAGGCAGAAGUUGUAAUCUGCAUUGUAUUAAUAAUAGUGAAGAGGUCACUGUUUCCAUGUAAGCUGCUAGCUUGGAAUGCAAAACACGGGAGCAACCAGGUCACUGCAAACCACGUAAGCUUACUGUUAUCUACUGUGACAUGGAAGUGUGGAGAUGCUUUGAUCAGCUGUAAGCUCUAUGCUGGUGUUAUGGCCACACCGCUAGGUCCUUCCUAGGUUACUACCAGGUGCUCAGAACACUUCAGGAUGUGUUACAACAGCAGAAAAGUUUAGUUAAGACAGUAAUGACAGGAAUC